CACCGCACUUUUCUCGAAUAAAAAUCUAAAACCUUCGGAGUCUUUAAAGCAAAUACAUAUGUUGGUGUCCGGGUCUAUGCGGGCAUGGCCGCCGCUAUUGCUAGACCGUUAAUCCGGCGGCUUCUAUGGCACUUCUUAACAACAGUAGCGCCGCAUCCCACCGCCCCACCGCAAUUCAAGCUCCACGCGAACAAAGAUUUCGCCACAUCCGCCACCCGCGCCCGUAGAAACAAAACUAGAUCCAAUGAGAUUACGAGUAGCGUCGCAGAGAAGAAGAAUAGCAGAACGUCGAUGCUCAAUAGAAGGACGCGGUCGGAUAAGGAUAUUGACGAGGAGAGCUUUCUGAAGCUGUAUGGAAAUGACAACAAUUCUGCUCAUGUUCCAGUCUUGCUUGGUGAAGUGUUGGAUGCUUUUUCCUCUGUCCACCUCCGCUCCUUCGUCGAUUGCACCCUGGGCGCGGCUGGCCAUUCUUGCGCGAUUAUCGUUGCACAUCCAGAGAUGCAAGCUCAUAUUGGUUUUGAUGUUGAUCCAGUUGCACAUCGAAUGGCUCAAGAUCGAAUCAAUGCUGUCUUAAAGAACGAAUCUAGUUUUACAGAUUCGCAAUUGAAGGUGCAUACUUAUUUGAAAAAUUUCAAGGAUGUGAAAUCUGUGCUUUGUGAGGUUGACAAGAGACUAUUGACUUCUGGAGUUGAUGGGAUCCUUAUGGACUUGGGGAUGUCCUCUAUGCAGGUAAAUGAUGCUCAAAGAGGUUUUAGCGUGCUAAAGCGCGGACCUCUUGAUAUGCGGAUGGAUCCUAAGAUCUAUUCCAUUCCAUAUAUUGUAGCAGCUUCCACCUGAUUUGAACAGGUCUCUGGCAGGCGACUCUGAAAGCUGAAGACAUUUUAAAUUCUUGGCCAGCUGAUGAAGUGGGGAGAAUCUUACGUGAUUAUGGAGAAGAAAGCAAUUGGCACUUUCUUCAAAACAAAAUUGCUAGCGCUCGCUUGACUGGUGGGCUUCACUCUACUGGUCAACUAGUUGAUCUUAUUCAGAAAUCAACUUUCAGGACGAAAGGAGACAAGGCUGGAUAAAGACGGCAACAAGAGUCUUCCAAGCUCUUAGAAUAGCUGUUAACGAUGAACUUAGGACGCUGGAGGGUUCCAUCUAUUCCUGUUUUGAUUCCCUUGCUCCUGGUGGGCGGCUAGCUGUCAUCUCUUUCCACAGCUUGGAGGACAGAAUAGUGAAGCACGCAUUUCUCCGUGUCAUCAAUGGGGGCGAUGUUGCAUCUUCUAGAGCUGAAGAAGAAAAAUGCUCUCAAAAUGAAGACGGUGAAAGAGAAUUGUGGGUUAAACAGAUUAUACAAGGGCGGGAUGGGACUAUCCUCACUAAAAGGCCCAUAACUCCAUCUCAGGGGGAAGAGAUGCUGAACACUAGAAGCCGGAGCGCCAAACUAAGGGUAAUUCAGAAAGCUCGGUGAUGGAUGGAAAAUUGUUAAUUUUGGGCUGUUCUGCCAACCAAUAUUGUAAGAGUAGUAACUUAAUUAUUCCUUUUAGUAUUAUAGAUCUUUAUCUUGAACGUCUUAUUUGCAAUAUGGAGCUCGGUUGGUAAAGAUAAAUUUAAAUGAAUUAUCCGUAUUAGUUAAACUUCUUAACAUUGGAGUCGAUUGAACUUAAUUUAAUUUCCAA